AUGGACAAGUCUUGGAUUGCUAAGCUACAUAAUACAAACGAAUAUUUAAAUGGCUUGAAUAUAUUUUUAGACUUUGCUUUUAAGAAGGACCCUACAGUACGAUGUCCAUGUCCUGUAUGUGGGUUUUUAAAAUGGGAAACUAGAGACGUAGUUAAGGAUCACUUGCUUUGUAGACCAUUUCCCAAAAACUAUGUCAUAUGGGAUCUUCAUGGCGAGAAGCGACUGCCGGUUGCUUCAAGAAACGAAGAUAUUGUGCAAGAGAUGUUUUGCUUUGAAAAUCCAAUGGAAACUAUGAUCAAUGAUGCAUUUGGGAACCAUAGACCAACCACUAAUAUAGAUGAAUCACAACCAUUGGGUGGUCCUGAUAUAUUAAAUGAAGGGUUAAGGGAGGAGCAGAGUAGUUUUCGUGAGUUUAUCGAUGACGGAAAUCAGUCACUUUAUGAAGGAAGUAAGUACACAAAACUAGAAUUUUUAACUAAAUAUUAUCACAUAAAGGUUUUGUGUGGAUUAAGUGACAAAGCAAUGAAAAUGAUACUUGAUCUAUUGAGAGGCGCAUUUGAACAAGCAAAAUUCCCCCGUUCUUUUUAUGAGGCUAAGAAAACCAUUCAAAAACUUGGUCUUAAUUAUACAAAGAUAGAUGCAUGUCCAAAUGAUUGUAUGUUGAAUUUGGGAGAUGAAGAAAAGAACUUGGAAAUAUGCAAGCAUUAUGGAACAUCCAGAUGGAAUCCAAAUUAUAAAAAGAAGAAAGCAGCAAAGGUUCUUUGUUACUUUCCACUGAAACCAAGAUUACAAAGACUAUUCAUGUGUUCAAAAAUUGCAGAGCAUAUGAGAUGGCAUGCUUUGGAAAAUAAUAAGGAUGGGUUGAUGCGGCAUCCUAGGGAUGGUGAGGCAUGGAAUAAUUUUGAUUCGAUACAUCCUGAAUUUGCAUCUGAUCCAAGAAAUAUUCGCUUAGGACUUGCUAGUGAUGGUUUUAAUCCUUUUGGUAAGAUGAGUACUUCAUAUAGUAUUUGGCCUGUUUUCUUAAUUCCCUAUAAUUUUCCUCCGUGGAUGUGUAUGAAGCACACAUCCUUCAUCUUAUCAAUUAUCAUUCCUGGAAAGGAGGUGCCUGGAAAUAAAAUAGAUGUAUAUUUACAACCCCUAGUGAAAGAGCUAAAAGAUCUUUGGAAUGAUGGUGUUGAGACUUUCGAUGCAUCAACUAAUGAAACUUUUAGAAUGCGAGCAGCUCUUCUUUGGACAAUUAGUGACUUUCCGGGCUUAAGUAUUCUCUCUUGGUGGAACACAUAUACUGGGUUGGCUUGUCCUACUUGUAACUUUGAUGCAGAACCUUGUCGUCUUCCGCAUAGUAAAAAAUGGUGUUUUAUGGGUCACCGUCGUUUUUUAAGCAAAAACCAUAGGUUUAGAUUAAACCGUGUUCGUUUUGAUGGAGGUGUGAAGGAAAGAAAUCCACCAUUAAAAUUGUCUGGAUCUGACAUUUUGAGGCAAAUGGAAAAUCCUAAUAUUACAUGUAGGAGGGGAAAAAGAAAUAGACAAGUAGUUAAGCAAUGGAAGAAGAAAAGCAUAUUCUUUGAACUUCCGUAUUGGGAGUUAAAUUUACUGCGUCACAAUUUGGAUUUUAUGCAUAUUGAAAAAAAUGUAUGUGACAAUGUCUUGUAUACUCUACUUAAUGACAAGUCUAAAUCAAAAGAUCAUCUCAAUGCUCGAAAAGAUUUGAAAGAAAUGGGAUUAAGGCGUGAUCUAUGGCCUGAUGAUAGAGGGAUUUACCACCUUGCUUUGCUUUCACUAACACGCAACACCAAAAAGCUGUUUCUUAAAACUUUGAAGAAUUUAAGGGUACCAGACGGUUACUAA